AUGGCAGAUGAAAAUGUUACAAUACGUCGUCGGCAUAAAACAUCGUUGAACGAAUCAUUUGAUCUCUCUUUUGAAUCUACAAAUUCAGAGGUAAGAAGACAUAGUUUACCGGACCUGUCUACUGGAUAUGACAGUGAAGAAGAAGACUUGAAGAAUGAAUUAUUACUACUUAGAAACGAACUCGAAAGCGCUCAUUUAGAAAUAGUAAAACUUAGCGAAGAGAACUUGUCGUUAAAAGACGCUUUAAAUAAACAAAAACUUAAAUUACAAAUGUAUCAUAGAAUUUGUUCAGAACCUAGGACGAGAGCAACAACGCCAAGGAAGAAAAUGUCAAGAACCUUGAGAGAAGAAGACAACACGAGUCUGAUCGAUCUUGAGCAGAAUACAUUAACCAGUGACCCGCCAAUAGAUGGCGCCACCUGUACUUCAACCGACACUUUACGGGAGAACGGAAAUUGCUGCACAUCUUUAUAUGUAAAGCCCAAAGUAGUAAACAACGUUCUACAACCAGAGGUACACACUCCCAAUUUAAUUCUGGUCAGAUAUCAUUUAAUCGCCCAAGUCCAAAACUUUGUAUUAUUAGUAGUAACAAAGUAA